AUGAGGCACAGUCUUCUCUUCGCCGUGGCAACUCUAACAUCAAUCGCUCAGGUGCGUUCACUCAGCAUACCACAAGACAACUCCGUCGCGGGCGGUGGGAAAUCGGAGUUGACGAGAAAGCAGGGCGCGGCUGUCGACAAGAGACAAAACAUCAACAUCGAUGGAAGCGGAAAUAUCAACGUAGAGGGCGCUAAUGCGGGCGCCGUUGAGGUGAAGACGGUGAAUCUUGGAAAUGCUGGUUCACUGAACAAGGGAGCAAACGGGGGAGGAUUGGGGCAGGGCAAUCUCAUCGCCGGCAUUUUGGAUGCUCUCAACGGCGGCAGCAGAAAUAAUCAAGGCAACCGCAACAGGCCUAACGAUGCUUGUCCUCCAGCUCCUCCGGCCCCCGCGCCGGUAACUGUUACAAAGACGGUCUACCAGAAUGCUUCAGUGCCUGCGCCUUUGACGGUUUUCGUUACGCGAGCUCCCCCGCCUCCGCAGAUCAUCACGCAGCUGGUCACGCAGACGCCGCCGGCUGCCGCUCCACCUCCGCCUCCUGCGGCCCAACCCGCAGCUCCCGCACCCCCGGCAGCACCGCCAGCAGCUCCUUCGGCAUCGAACGCGCCUCUGGUCAUCCCAGGGCCCCCUCCGGCGGAUCCUUUCGCGGGCUUGAAAUCCCCUCCACCUCCUGCGGCGGCACCUGUGGCUACCCAGCCUCCCGCAGCAGCUCAACCUGCUCCCGCCCCCGCUGCCCCUCAACCCCCGGCUGCCCCCCUCGUAGGCAACGCGCCCGCCGUCAGCAAACCGACCGCCUCCAUCAACCUGGGCGGCCUUCCAGGCAACGGUGCUGUCAACCAGCCCGCUGCAGCGACGCCCCUCGGCCCGAUCGCCGCGAAUCCCGCUCAACCCCAGGUCGCCGUCAGUGGCCUCGCGUUAACUAAAUCUCUAGGGCUCGGCAACCUAUUACAGGCGACAGCCCAGCUCCAGGCCCGCGCGACACCCCCAGCUUAA